GAAUCAUAGAAUUGUGCUAUUUACCAAUGGCCACUUUUUUGAAUGAAAAUGUCAGUUAAACUUGUCGGUUUUACAGAUAAAAUGGCUGAGGUUCAUAUUAUAGGGCAACUUAUAGGUGCAAGUGAGUUCCCAAGUCACAGUCUGUUUUGUAAGUGGGGACUACAUGCAGGAGGAGCGUGGAAACUAAUUGCUGGGCUCAAAGGAGGUCAAACACAUGUAGACAACCCGGAAAAUGAGGAACAUGCGUACUGGAGUCAUCCAAUUGAUGUUCAUUAUGCUACAAAAGGCCUGCAAGGAUGGCCAAGGCUACACCUCCAGGUUUGGCAUCAGGACAUACAUGGGAGGAAUGAACUGUACGGCUAUGGUUUUGUGCAUGUUCCUUCAUCACCAGGCUGUCAUGAUAUAGAGUGCGUAACAUGGAAGCCUAAUGGAACUUUUCAGGAAGAAAUGAUGCAGCAGUUUGUUGGUGGUUGUCCUCAGUUGAAAAACCCAGAUCUGGUUUACGCUGGUGCUGACCGGUAUAAACUGCACACAACAGCUAUGGGCAAAGUACAAAUCAGACUUAAUGUUAUACUGAGAAAUUUUGACAAAUAUGGAGUAGAAUGUUGAAAUCUAUAGAUGCCUAAUGUACUAAAGAUCUAAAUCCAAUAAUAAUAAUGGUAACAGUUCUUAUAGGCCUACUGGUAGUCAAGUCAAUACAAAAAAAUACCCACUGUACCAGUAGUGUAGUGCAUAUACACUUAUGUUAUUUUAUUUAUGUUAAUUUUAUAACUUACAAGGUACAGAGACCAACGUUUUUAUUGUUCCUCAAUUUUAUACUUUAUUUGCUAUAUAACUACUAAGCUACAUUCCUUUUCAUCUAUACUGUAUUAAAAGAUGCUUUAAAUGGUUUAUAUAGUUGAUAGUUUUGUAAUAACUGUAGUUCAUAUUUUUUCUGCUAUUUUUACAAAGUAUUAUGGUUAUCAGUUAUCACUUUUAUUUAUAUUAUUAGAUUACGACAUAUAAUACAUUAUAUUGUUGCUAUGUUGCUAUUUUUGUAUGCAUUCUUAGA